AUGACAGAGGUCUACCCUUCUCAGGAGCCAAUGCCAGAUCCAAUAGUGUCCAAAAAAACACAGGCAAUCACUACAAAAACACAAAAGAAUAGGGAGACGAUGGUCGAUCAUGGCGCAGCGCUUAGGAUAUGGUUUCCUUCUCAUCUGCAGCGACCUGGUCGGCCGCAAAAUCAACGACGCUACAUUCACAGAGAGCAAAUUCCCGUGUUGCUGACGUACGCUGAGAACGCUCGCAUAGAGGUUAUUGCGAUAUCUAAGCGGGUAGAUAACAUGUCAAUCCACCUGCUUAAAACGGGCUUACUUCCGUCAAGGGACACAAUACGGGAUAAGAUCAACCUUCUUAGAAUAUGUACCAAAUUCCAGAAUGCGAAGCUGGAGAAGUGCAGAGAUCGAUGGAUACCAUCGAUCGAGUACGUCUGCAUGAACAGCCAGUCUCUGCAUUCGGUCGACUCCGAUUCGACGUGGAAGACCACGGUAUCAGGUCCCCAACUGGAAUCAUCCUGGUACGGUGGGGAGGAAUACAACGCAACUCUUGAGAUACCCGGGUGGCCGACGCUUCGUACGGACAUCUCGAAAUGGGCAAGAGCUAACGAAACGUUGAAUCCUCCUCCCGGCCAACUUGUUACUACUCAGUUCCCGCCAAUCAACGUGGUGGACAGGUGGCAGGCUAUUAACGUGACCUCAACCAAGAUCGAUGGAAACUAUGUGUUUGAUUUUAGUACCAAUUUUGCUGGCUGGUACGCUCUCAAGAUCCGAGAACGCAACGGGGUUCGUGUUACCUUCUGGCCAUCGGAAAGACUGCUGUCUGAUGGUGGCAUCGACCAGUCCACGACUGGUAAUCCUAUCUACGACGCUUUCACCUCAGAUGGGUCCGAGACCAUCUACUCGCCGAGAUUUAUGUAUCAUGGUUUCCGAUACAUUGGUGUCAACUUGACAUAUCAGCCAUCCGCAGGAGACUUGGAAGCGCUAGUGAUUCGAACAACUGUCGAGUCUGUUGGUACAUUCGAAUCCAGCGACACCAUGGUCAAUUCGAUCUAUAAGAUUGUCGACCAUGCGAUCCAGAGUAACAUCUACAGCGUCAUGACCGACUGCCCCCAACGAGAGAAGCUUGGAUGCAAUGGAUGGCUCGAGCAGACCCAUAUAGUCUUUGAUACCGUCAUUCGAGACUAUGAUAUUGAUGCGUUCGGCAAGGGAGUCAUGACGACAAUUAUGGAUUCACAGGCCACUGGGGGUCUUGUUCUUGAUAUCUCUCCAGAGUUUGUCGUCUUCGUUGGCGGCUUCCGCGACGACCCCAACUGGGGAGAUGCGUCGGUUCUGCUUCCUCUUAAUCUCUACCAAGGCUACGGCGACCUAGCGCUGGUGUCGGACGCUUACGAUAUCAUAAAGAAGUACGUGAGCUUUCUAGCCGACAAGACUACAAUUGAAACCCUCAGCUACGGGCUUGGGGACUGGAUUGCCUUUGACACAAGUACGCCGCUUAGUGUGACGACCACUUUUGGCUAUCAGCAAGCUCUGUCAGGUAUGAUCACCAUCGCCCAAGGGCUUGGCCUGACGGAUGACGUGGCCACUUACACGGGCAUGUUGAACGAUACCAUCACUUCCUUCAACCAGUAUUACUGGAACUCGAGCUGUAACUGGUACGGAUCCGGCUCCCGGGCCUCCAACGCAAUCGCUCUGGACAUGGGGGCUGUUGAAACCAAUCUUCAAACUCGGAUUUCAGUCUAUAUUGUCGAACUUAUCCAGGCUAACGGCUCCCAGCUCAGCGUUGGCGAGAUCGCCUUACCUUCGCUGUUUAGGUCUCUCCAAAACCUGGACAGAAACGACACCAUUUAUGACAUGGAUAGCCCAGUAGCGGAAUAUGGCGAAUGCAACUGCUUGAAUCACUUCAUUUUAAGCUACGUGAACAAAUAUAUCGCUGAGUUGAGCGGCCUCGCACAUACGUCCACGUCCAACUCAUGGGACACGCUCACCCUCAGGCCCAUAUUUGUUGCCAACAUGACGUACACUAAGUCUUCGUGCCGCAGUGUCAAGGGCAUGGCCAUCGCAUCGUGGGAAUUGGCCGAUAACAAGGAUCUCAUAUACAACGUCACCGUCCCUGUAGGGGCAAACGCUAGCGUCAUCAUUGACUUUAGCACCAAGGUCAGCGAAAGUGGGACCGUGAUGUCUUCAUCGAAAUAUAAGCAUGUGGAUGGUAUCUUGGGAGUGUCCCAGAGCAAUGGAACUACGACGAUUGAGAUAUCGUCUGGGUCGUUUUACUUUCACGCUUCAUAA